CUGACAUCGUUCGGCACAACGGAGAACUGUCAUCUUUCAUCGGCGAUUGUUGUCUUUAGCGUUUUGUUGCACAGAUAAUAGUUAAAAUCUGCUGUGCCAGCAUGUCGGGAGCAAUUAAAAAGGCAACCGGACUGACCGGAAUGGCCGUCGCCAAGAACCCGCACCACACGCUGACGGCGCUGUACAACAAGAUUCUGCGUGCCGUUGCCAAGAUGCCUCAGGAGGCGGCCUAUCGCCGGUACACGGAGCAGAUCGUCGGCGAGCGGGCCAAGAUUGUGGCCUCGACCUCGUCGGUGAAGGAAAUCGAGCAGAAGGUCAACUGUGGCCAGGUCGAGGAGCUCAUUAUCCAGGCCGAGAACGAGCUGGUUCUGGCCCGAAAGAUGCUCGGCUGGAAGCCGUGGGAACCGCUGGUCAAGCAAGCUCCAGCCACCCAGUGGGCCUGGCCACCGGCGCAGAUUCACGAACUCAAGUAAGCAGCUGAUGAUUGAUUGAGAAACUAAUAUCUUUAUUAUUCUAUAAAAUCGUUCAACACUAGAAAUUGGUUGUAAAUAGAGGUGAGCUGGGUUCGUGCUCGAUAACUGGCUGAA